AUGGAGGGCUUUCUACACCCACUGACCGACGUCAUCGGUGUUGACACGCAUCAGGCUGUUUUCGCAGCAGUCGUCGAUCCCAAAGAUGCAGAUGUUAUUUGGUGCUUCAACGGAGAGCCAAUUGAGCCCGGCAAAGACGCCAACAUAGAAAUAUCACGAGAUGACGGAAAAAUAAAUGACGUUGGUCCUUCUCGGGCUGGUACUUAUCAAGUAGAGGUGCAGACGGAGGCUAAACCAAAGUCCUUAGCACGUCUCCUCUACAAGAAAGAAGCAAAGCUACUGUCGUCGAGUCAAUCAAUGAAGGUUGAGGAGGGAGCAAGUUUCAGUAUCAAUGUUACUGUGUCUCCACCAGAAGCUCCGGUCUGUUGGUAUCACGAUGAUAAACCUGUUUCUGAAGCGUCCAUUACAAGGAAUGGAGAUUUAUCUUCUGUGAACCUCGAGAAUGUCAGCAGAGCCAACGCAGGCGCUUAUUUCGCGAUUAUCAAAGAGAACGAUGAGUUCUUUUCAUUCGAGCCCAUCCGAAUCGUGCAAAUUCAAGUGCAAUCUCUCUCUAUUCCUUCUUUUGGCAUCGCCGAUGUGACAACUUCAGCUGGAUCAAUUGCCACAUUGAAAUGCGUAUUGGAAGACAAUCUUUCUGCGAAUUCUGUCGAGUGGCAUAAAUCAUCUUCCUUAGACGUCUCCUGGCCAAACGAGCAGAUCUUCGAAAAUGACAGGGUUAAAACUGGCUCCGAAAAUGGAUCAACAACAGACUGCAAGAAGUUCAAAUUAAGCUCAAGAGGCCACAGUCGGUCGCUGACGAUAACUGACUGCUACGAAUGUGAUGGAGGUGCAUACAUGGUCCAAAUACAAGACAAAAACGGUCAAUCAUGCAACGACAGACUGCGAAUAGGCUAUGUCAAAGUAGGAUCGCCUUCACCAAAAGAUUUACUGAUGCUCUGGGCCGAAGAAAUGAAAAAAUGUAAUGAAAUUAUGCACUCAAUGGCCGAGUCUCAGAAAAUUUACGAAGAAAAGGCUCGAAUCGCCGAAGAAAAACUUGAAGAUUGGAAAAAAGGAAAUAGAAAACCGCAAAAGACAGCUAAAACAAAUGAAAAAGGUCAACUUGUUGAUGAGUCUGGCAAACCUGUGCUGGAUAAGUCAGGCAAUCCAGUUGUUGCAAAAACGAAUGAAAAAGGUGAAAUUGUUGAUGAGUCCGGAAAACCCCUUCUUGAUGAAAGCGGUGAGCCUAUUCUCGCACCCGUCGAUAAAAAUGGUCAGCCAGUUCAAGUGGGAACAAAAGACGGAAGAAGUCCUCUUUACCAAGAAGGUCGCGCGCCAGUCCCAGAGCCGGUUAUCAAGAAGGAGAAACGAGCCGAUGGGAAAGAGAUUCUUCUUGGUGAAGGCGGCAAACCACUUGUUGAUGACAGUGGGAGACAGAUUCUCGUCGACGAAGAUGGAAGGGAAUUCGUUGAGGGUGAAAACGGAGAGCCCAUUUUCGAAGUUAAAAGUGCAAGUCUUGAAGCCGCGAAAAAAGAAGAAAAGAUUCGAGAAAUUGCUGCUGCUGCCGUUGCACGUUCUAGCGGAGCCUCUUCAGCGUACGAAGGAGACGGUAGAGGACGUGCUUCACGCCGUGGACCUUCUAUUGUGGGAAGCGCAUAUGGAGGAGCCGCAUAUGGGGGAGAACCUGUUCAUCGACAAUCUGCAAUGGAGAGGGCCUCGAAGUUCGGAACAAUCGGAAGAGCUCGUUCAAAGUCGAGAGGUAGAAGACCAUCAGUUGGCUCGCCCAGAAAAACAUGCGAAGUUGAAGAAAAAGUUAUUGCGGCUGCCGAAGCGGACUACCCACCGCCAAAGAUCGACCCGAAUCUGCCAGAAGCGGAGCAGAAACUGUUGAUGCUCGAGUACCAAGUGAAACUGAAAGACCUGAUCAACUCGAGACUACAAGAGGAAUACAACAAGCUUUCAUCGAAAUUCGUGACAGCCAUGGGCGAAGUAUGCGAGUGGCAAUACGAUAGAAGACAGAAAUAG